AUGGUUGAUUACAUCAAAAUUAAGGGUGGCCGCAGCACGAAGGUGAAUGCCCAAGGGGCUAACCAGCAGCUGGGUGCCCUAAGGGUGGUAAUGGCAAUCGAAAUGGCAAUGACCACCAGCGAAAGGGCGCCAAAGGUGGUGGUGAACAGCAGAACCACCAACCUUAUCCCAACAAGCAGCAACUACCUCUCAUACGCAGUAAUCACCACAGGAAUGGUAGCCAUGAGAACCUUCCGCUCGAUGAUUGCAAUGCAAGAGGAUGAAGAGGUCCUAUGGUCCGUCAAGUCCCUGAUGGUAAUUAAAACCCCCAGGGUUACCCUUCAGACCAAGGACGGUUGGCGUUUCUGCACGAACUUUGCUAAGUGA